AUGACAGGGGUCCUGGACCGGUACCAAUUGCUGCACAAGAUCGGGCAGGGCUCCUUCGGCACCGUAUGGAAGGGGCUGGACACAUUGGAAGGGCGCGAUGUGGCAGUCAAAGUCAUCGACCUGGAGGACCUGGAGGAGGACAUCGGCGACCUGCAGGAGGAGAUCAACACGCUGCGCGGCUGCCGCCACCCCCACAUCACGCAGUACUACGCCUCCGCCGUGGUCCCCGGCUCCUCCCGCCUCCUCAUCGUCAUGGAGCUCAUGUCCCUGUCGGUGGCCGACCUCCUGGUCACACCACCCACCGCAUCCCCGGAGGCCAGCCCCCCGGACCCAGCCGCUCCGGCAGCCGUCGCCGGCCUGCCGGAGCCUGUCAUCGCCCACGUGCUGCGGGGGGUGCUGAAGGCCCUGGCCUACCUGCACUCCCAGGCCCGCAUGCACCGCGACAUCAAGGCCGCCAACAUCCUGCUGUCCAGCGCGGGGGCGGUCAAGGUCAGCGACUUUGGAGUCAGCGCCCAGCUGUCGGGCACGGUGGGCUACAAGCGGCGCACCUUCGUGGGCAGCCCGCUGUGGAUGGCGCCGGAGGUGAUAGAGCAGGCGCCGGAGCGACACUCGGGGGUGCCGGGCGGGCCCGAUGACGCCCGGGACGGGUACAACAUGUCGGCGGACAUCUGGUCCCUGGGCAUCUCCGCCAUCGAGAUGGCCCGGGGAGAGCCGCCGCGGGGCGAGGUGUCAUCCUUCCGCCUCCUCUUCAUGAUCGUGCGGGAUGAGCCCCCCUCCCUGGAGGGUCCCUUCUCCACAGAGUUCAAGGACUUUGUAUGGCAGUGCCUCCGCAAGGCGCGUGGUGCUGGGGGUGGAGGGUUUUACUGGCGCCGCGCUGCCCUUUUCUGA